CAGACGCAUAAGCAGAAGCAAAAACAGAAACAAGCAUUCUCGGUUCGCGUUUUAAUCAAUUAAAAAGUCGGACAAGUGAGAAAAAUGCAGCCGCUGGCUGCCAGCAGCAGCAGCCUUUGCCUAUCAGCUGAUACUGCAUCUGCACUGUGUACACCAGUCGAUGUGGAUGCAACAGCAGCAGCAGUGGACGUGGGUGGUAUCCAGUGUCAAGCCUGCAAAUUCUGAACGCAAGCGCAAAACAAACACAAGCGAACAAAACGAAGAAGCAAAGCAAAAAUAGCAGCAGCAGCAGAAGCAGAAGCAACAACAAAGUUCAGGGUCAUGGUCAGCAGGCAGCUGUAAAAUAGAGACAGUGAGAGCGAGAGUGAGAGAGAGAGAGAGUAGUUGAGUGAAUUGUGCAAACUGGAAACUGCAAGUGGCGCAAGAUGUCCAGCGAAGCAUCAACGGAAAGUGACAGCGAAUUGUACGAUCCACUCGCCGAUGAGCUGCACAAUGUGCAGCUGGUGAAGCAUGUGACGCGCGAAAGCAUUGAUGCCCUCAAUGCUAAGUUUGCCAAUCUGCAGGAGCCACCAGCCAUGUACUUAACAGAAUACCAGGAGCUGACAUCGAAGCUGCAUGAGUUGGAGGCCAAGGAGCACGAGUUGAUGGAACAGCUGCACGCACAGCGUCCGCAGGAGGAGGAGGCACACAGGGACAGAAAGUUGGCUCAAAACCAGCAGCAGCAGCUUGUGGAUCAGCCGCAUUAUCAAAAUCAAACGCAAAUCUUGCAACAGCAGCGACAAUUGGCGCGACAUGUACACGAGAUGAGCGACAGUUUGGUGAGCAGCAGCACCAUGGGCAUUGGGGGCAGUGGAGGCGGUGGCGGUGGCUCCGGUACGGCCAGCCAAUCCGGCACACUCACCCGCCAGCCAAAGGUGCUGCUCCGCGCCCAUUUGCCCAAUCAGCAGCGCACCUCCGUCGAGGUUGUGGCCGGUACACGAUUGUGCGAUGCACUGAUGAAGGCGCUCACCCUGCGACAACUGGAGCCGUCCAUGUGUGAGGUGAGCACAACGCCGCAUAGUGGACGAAAUAUAAUACCGUGGAACCGGGACAUUGGCACCCUGCACGUCGAGGAGAUCUAUGUGCGGCUAUUGGAUCGAUUCCCGUUGGGUCCGCACAUAAAGCAUCAGUUCAUCCGCAAGACAUUCUUUUCGCUGGUCUUCUGCGAGGGAUGUCGCCAUCUCCUCUUCCAGGGGUUCUAUUGCAGCCAGUGCAAUUUUCGAUUCCAUCAGCGCUGCGCCGGCCGUGUCCCGAUGCUCUGUCAGCCCUUCUCCGUGGACAGCUACUACGAGUGUUUGCUAUCAUCGUAUCCGGAGAACUCAGUCGGCCUGCCGGUGGGUCGCAGCAAUGCGGUGCGUUUCAAUGUGAGUAACAGUCGCAGAUGCAGCAGCAGUGGAAGUAGCAGCAACACGACUACGACUACCACCAACGCCACCAUCCACAUCAGCAGCAGCUCUAAACCUUCUGCCAACCGACAGGGUCGACCGCCGCGCAUCAGCCAGGACGAUCGCUCCAAUUCGGCGCCGAAUGUCUGCAUCAAUAGCAUACGACCCCUCACCACCGAGACGCAGCGCAGCCUCAUUAUGCAGGCACGGCCUCCAUUGCCGUAUCCUUGUACGGAUCACGCAAACUCAACGCAGUCAUCGCCCACCAGCACACUGAAGCACAAUCGUCCUCGCGCCCGCUCCGCCGAUGAGAGCAACAAGAAUCUGCUGUCGCGCGAUGCCAAAAACUCCGAGGAGAACUGGAACAUCCAAGCGGAGGAGAUUUUAAUUGGGCCACGCAUCGGUUCGGGUUCAUUUGGUACCGUUUAUCGGGCCCAUUGGCAUGGACCCGUGGCCGUGAAAACGCUGAAAGUGAAAACGCCGAGUCCGGCACAGUUGCAGGCAUUCAAGAACGAGGUGGCCAUGCUAAAGAAGACGCGCCACUGCAACAUUCUACUAUUCAUGGGCUGUGUGUCGAAGCCAUCGCUGGCAAUUGUCACCCAGUGGUGCGAGGGCAGCAGUCUCUACAAGCACGUCCAUGUCAACGAGACGAAGUUCAAGCUCAACACGCUCAUCGACAUUGGACGCCAGGUGGCCCAGGGCAUGGACUAUCUGCAUGCCAAGAACAUUAUACACAGGGAUCUCAAGACGAACAACAUUUUCCUGCACGAGGAUCUGUCGGUGAAGAUUGGCGAUUUCGGUCUGGCCACGGCGAAGACGCGCUGGUCCGGCGAGAAGCAGGCCAAUCAGCCGACGGGCAGCAUUCUAUGGAUGGCACCGGAGGUGAUACGCAUGCAGGAGCACAAUCCGUACUCGUUCCAAUCGGAUGUGUAUGCUUUUGGCAUUGUGAUGUACGAGCUGCUGGCCGAGUGUCUGCCCUAUCGCAACAUUAGCAACAAGGAUCAGAUACUGUUUAUGGUCGGUCGGGGUCUGCUGCGACCCGAUAUGACCCAGGUGCGUUCGGAUGCGCCGCAGGCGCUCAAACGCCUAUCCGAGGACUGCAUCAAAUACAAUCCCAAGGAGCGGCCACUUUUCCGGCCGCUGUUGAAUAUGCUUGAGAAUAUGUUACGCACGCUGCCCAAAAUCCAUCGCAGCGCCAGCGAGCCAAAUUUAACCCAAUCCCAGCUGCAAAACGAUGACUUCCUCUACAUGUGCCCCAGUCCCAAAACGCCGGUCAACUACAACAAUUUCCAAUUUUACAACAGUGCUGGCAACAUUUAAGGAAUGUCGGAAAGAAGGACGAAUAGGAGUAGGAGUAGGAGUAGGAGGAGGCUGUACCUGUACUUACUUACCCAUUGAUGGGAGGCAUGCAAAAACAAAAAAAACGAAAGAAAAAACAAUUGGAUACUUUUCCAUU